GGACUAUAUAAUAUAAUGAAAAAAAGGAAGAAGAAAAGCGAGCAUGAAAAAGUAAGUAAUGUCAUGCACCACCGAUUAGCCGCUUCGUCUUAGCUAAAAAAGAAAAAAAAAAAUCCGAUCUCUAAUCAUUUCCCUGCCAAUACCCACAUAGUAAAUAUGGGAAUAUAUUUGAGUAGUCCCAAGACUGAAAAAGUGUCCGAGGAUGGUGAGAAUGACAGACUAAGAUAUGGCUUGUCAUCAAUGCAAGGAUGGCGUUCAACCAUGGAAGAUGCUCAUGCAGUUCAUCCAAAUUUGGACACUUCCACUUCCUUCUUUGGUGUUUAUGAUGGCCAUGGAGGCGAUGAAGUUUCUAAAUUUUGUGCCAAGUUUCUUCACCAAGAGGUUCUUAACCAUGAAGCAUUCUCAGCUGGGGAUAUAAGCACUUCUAUUCAACAUGCUUUUCUCAGAAUGGACGAGAUGAUGCGUGGACAAGCAGGUCAGAGAGAAUUAGACGCUUUGGCAGAAAAAGACCAAGCUAAGGAGAUAAUAGAGGGUUUGAUAUCGCCUCCCAAGAUUGGUGAAUCCAAGGGGCAAAGAGAUGGUGAGGAGGGGGCUAACUCUGAUUACCAUGGGCCAACUGCAGGAAGCACAGCUUGUGUAGCAAUCCUUCAGAAUAUUCAACUUCUUGUGGCAAAUGCUGGUGAUUCACGCUGUGUCUUAUCUCGGGAGGGUCAGGCGUAUGAUAUGUCUAGGGACCACAAGCCUGACCUUCAAGCUGAAAAGGAAAGGAUUACAAAUGCUGGUGGAUAUGUCCGAGUUGGACGGGUCAAUGGGAGUUUAAACAUGUCAAGAGCAAUCGGAGACAUGGAGCUGAAACAGAACAAAUCAUUGCCUGCUGAAAAACAAAUAGUGACUGCUUGUCCUGAUAUCCGCACUGUUGAGCUUUCCAAUGAUGAUGAUUUCCUUGUUCUAGCUUGUGAUGGCAUAUGGGAUUGCAUGUCAAGCCAAGAAGUUGUGGACUUUGUUGGGAAACAGUUAAAACAUGAAAGUAAGCUCUCAGCCAUCUGUGAGACAGUGCUGGAUAAAUGUCUGGCCCCAGCCACGGGUGGAGAAGGAUGCGACAACAUGACCAUGAUCUUGGUACAAUUCAAGAAACCUUUUAAGAUCGACACAUUGAACAAGGAGCAACCACUGCCCACGAAUCAAAAUUCCGAAUGUAACGAAAGUGCAGUAGCAUCUAACAAUCAUAAUGCUAUUGCAGGAUCUCAAUUUAAUGAUAAUGCAGCUAAAAAAGCCUGAAACCAGUGGUAACACUUAAUAUCUCCUAUACAGGAGUAGUUAAGCUGUCGCUGUAAGCUUUGAAGUUUUGAUAGAUAAAAGGUGGCCUUUUAGAUAUAUCAGAAGAUCUGUAUAUAUGCUGAAUUCCCGACUUUUAGGUGCGGGGGAUAGCUUUUUAGCUUCAAACAGGCCAAUAAUGUACACGAGACAAUUCCUCAGAGCUUUCAGUUUAGUGGAAUUGAUGAGUGUAGCGUCUUCCCUGUUGUAGAGAGAACUAUUAGUUGAAACACUAAUAUAAUGGAUUUUGAUUGUUUGCUCGA